ACACAAACCAGGAGCUCGGAUAUCCAUUUCAGCCGUGCGACAGGUAUAACAUGCUCUUUCACUUUGGAGUAACUUCGGCCAAGUCGGUGGGAAUCUUGUGACACACUGUGUGUCCCGAAGCGGCGUGACAAGUUGGGAGAAGGGGAAAAAACGCUCUGGCAUCACUAUUUUUAAAUGGGUACGGCGAGAUUUGGGGGGCGUGGACGGUAGAGGAGCAGCAGUGAGCAUGUUGGCUCCUGGCUGCAGCUCCAGUGUGGUGAUGUGCCGGGUGCAGGAACUGGACUACGCGUAGACUGAGCGGCUGUUGGACGCGGAACCGGGAGGUUGCCGUCAAUUUUCGGCAGCCGACUUUCUGUCAUUUUGAAGCCCGUUUUGGAUCAUUUGGAUUUAUCUUUUCAUCGCACUGUCGUUCGGCGAUACAGAGGACUACAAGGAAGCGGGAUCAGCCGUGAAAACGACGCAGCAGCUGCCGUGCGUAACGGACGAAAUCUGGGAAAGCAGCUAUUUGAAUGACAAUAGUUUGAGCAACGGCAAGCUUAUUUGUUAAAGAACUCCUUAUUAUUCGGAUUGACUGUGCAUGGUAGCCUAAGUCAAUUACAUGCUAAGAUGACGUUUGGGAUUUGAAAGCUGUUGAAGUGAAACUGAAGUGAUCCCAAUGUGUAAAUAUUGACAGGUGUUACAGUCAUACUGUCCGUCAGGCUGAGCCUUUAAUUCACUUACAGCUCUGUUUUUAUGUCUGCAAACACCGCGGACAAAACGGGUUUAGGUUAACUAACAGUUGGUAUGGAUAAUCCGCACACUAUUUAAUUCAGUUACCUUUACUUCGCUAAUACUCAAAGAUAGGACAUUGUUUUAGCGACCUUAUCAUGAGUUUGAAACGCCGCAUGGGAAAGUAACCAUUACUUAGACUUUUCCCCACCAAGUUGUAGCCAAUCUGGCAACAGCCAAAAUGACAAGCAACGGACCUGUUAUCGUUUUCGAGUGGCUGAAGACCCUCCAGCUUGCCCAGUACGUCGAGGCUUUUGUGGAUAAUGGAUAUGACGAUCUGGAGGUUUGCAAACAAAUAGGCGACCCCGACCUGGAUGCCAUCGGCGUCUACAUGCCUCACCACAGGGAGAGGAUUCACGACGCGGUGAGAAGGCUAAAAGAUGAAGCCAACGAGACGGCCAGUGGACUCUACUUCACCCUGGAGCCGAUGCCACCCGCAGCUGAGCUUUAUACCAGUCACAUGGUGGACCAGUACGAGUCCAAACUGCGGGGAUCCAAGUCCUGGACAGAGCCCAACAGUGAGCGGGUUGGGCGCAACGGUGGGUACAUGGGCGCGCAGAGGAACCUGACGCUGGGCAACAGGAGGGAGCUGGUGAUUUACCCCAAGCUGAAGCUGAAGAUCAUGAUCAGGGAUAAGCUCAUCAGAGAUGGCAUCAACCUCUCAAAGCCGCCCUACUCUAAUAAGGAUGGUUCUUUGGGCAACAUAGAUGACCUCGCCCAGGAGUACUCUGAGUACUACAACACCUGCUUCAGUGACGUUAGUGACCGCAUGGAGGAGCUUCGCAAAAGACGAGUCUCCCAGGAGCUUGACAUGGAGAAACAGGAUCCAAGCACCACCUCCCAGCAGCUUCGUACUGAGAUCCAGGAAUCAUUAGGCUUCAGCAGUGAGGUGUCCACUCCAGAAACAGACAGAAAAAUGCCCCUGCACAAAUCCAGCUCUGAAGAUGGAUCUGGAGGUAAAUGGGACAAUAAGAAGAAAAACAAGUCUUUUUGGCAGAACUUCCGCAAGUCUCAGCACAAACCAGUCAUGCGACAGACAUCCAAAGGAGAAGACAUAGGCUAUGUGGCCAGUGAGAUCACCAUGAGCGAUGAAGAGCGAAUCCAACUGAUGAUGAUGGUGAAGGAGAAGAUGAUCACAGUGGAAGAAGCUCUAGCUCGGUCUCGUGAACAGUCAGACGAUGAGCAGUCUGAGGACUCUGUGAAGUUCAAACGGCUUCACAAGCUGGUUAACUCUACGCGCCGCGUCAGGAAAAAGCUCAUCAAGGUGGAGGAGGGCAAGAAACAUGGCUCUGAAGAUUUUCUGAAUCUGCGGUCACCUCCCACCUGUGAGAACAACACAGCUCUGUAUACAGGGGUCCUGAAGAGGCCCCCUCGGCCUCAGGAGAGCUCUCUCACCCAGGAUCAACUCUCUCUGGAUGGAGACACAGACAGCCUGACCAACUCCCCCUCCUCCAGCAGCCUGGACACCUGGUCCGGACACAAGCUGGUCAAGACCUUCAGUAAAUCUUCCAGUACCCACGGUCUCAUCCGACCCCCCAAGAGAACCCCAGUCGACUCUACAGGCCUGGGAGACUCCAACUCGGGCGUAGGAGGCAGCGGCUCUUCCUUUUCAGAGCUGGAUGGCUGUGGAUUGGACGAAGAAGGAAAGCUGUCACGCUCCACAACCGACAGCGAGAUGCGGAAGGCUCUGAACUCCAUCUCCCAUGGGAGAACGUGCAGCUUCGGGGGCUUUGACCUGUCUAACCGUUCUCUCCAUGUGCUCAACGUGGGCUCAGAGGCCAAUCAUAAAGAGCAGGAGGCCAUAUACAGAGAAGUGGUCAAAUCCCCCACCACCUCUCGGAUCUCACUGGGCAAGAAGGUCAAGUCGGUCAAGGAGACGAUGAGGAAACGCAUGUCGAAGAAGUACAGCAGCUCCUUUUCUGAGCAGUCCAGUCCCGAUGGAGCCCCUGGCUCCCCUCAGUCCCCUCAGCCUGACACCGACUCUCUGGAGAAGCCGAAGCUUAAGGCCGGAGGAUCGGUGGAAAGUCUGCGAAGUUCACUCAGCGGACAGAGUUCAAUGAGUGGUCAGACUGUGAGCACCACUGACUCGUCAGCCAGUAACAGAGAAAGCGUGAAGUCCGAGGAUGGUGAUGACGAGGAGCCGCCUUACAGAGGGCCGUUCUGUGGCCGCGCCCGGGUCCAUACAGACUUCACCCCCAGCCCGUACGACUCAGACUCCCUCAAACUGAAGCGCGGUGAUGUGAUUGACGUCAUCAGUAAGCCACCCAUGGGAACGUGGAUGGGUCUGCUGAACAACAAAGUGGGCACCUUCAAGUUCAUCUACGUGGAUGUGCUGGUUGAAGAAGAGGAGAAACCCAAGAGGCCUGUAAGGAGAAGGAGGAAGGGCCGACCCCCCAAGCCCUCAUCAGUGGAGGACUUGCUGGAGCGCAUCAACCUCAAGGAGCACAUGCCCACUUUCCUAUUCAACGGCUACGAGGACCUGGACACGUUCAAGUUGCUGGAAGAGGAGGACCUGGAUGAGCUGAACAUCAAAGAUCCUCAACACAGAGCCGUGCUGCUCACCGCCGUAGAGCUGCUACAGGAGUAUGACAGCAGCAGUGAUCCAGAGCGCAGCGGCCUGUCGGGCUCCCAGGAGAAGCUGCUGUCUGAGGGCCGGGGGCUGGUGGGAGACUCCCCGCGAGACUCCGGCUGCUACGAGAGCAAUGAGAACCUGGAGAAUGGUAAGAGCAGGAAGGCAUCCCGUUCCAGUCGUUCUCCCGACUACCCCACCCUGCCCAUGACCCUCUCAACAGAAGCUCUGCAGCAGAACAACAAGAACCAGCGCAAGUUCCCAAAAAGCUUUUUCAUCAAACCCUCCCUGAAGGGCUUCAACCUGCUGGGGCUGCGCAAAGCCCAAAGACGGUCCCCCAUCCCGGCCAGCCGGAGCUGUGAGGACCUGGACGGACCCCUGCAGACCACCGCCCCCUGGAAGCGCUCCCACUCUCUGGGGGAUAUGCACUGGGAGCAGAGCUUUGAGCAGAAGGAUCUGAGUGUGGAGCUUAACAGUGCCAAGAAAGAACCUAAAUCAGGCAGCAGUAGCCCCACCAAGGCCUGCAGAGAUGAGGGUUCCCCAGCUCAGAGCAGGACUCCAACAGUGAGCCCAAAAGGAAGACCCCCCCUGCCCUCCCAGCUGCCUCUUCGUCCCCCUCCCCAUACCCGCAGUCCUCCAGAGCUCCUCUCAAGUCCCACUCCAAGUCCGCCUGAGUCAAGUGGGGAGAGGGUGAUCCGGACUCACGCCAAGAAGCCUCCAGUCCCUCCCCCCGUUCCCGCUAAGAAGUCGAGGGAAAGACUGGUCAACGGCCUGCGUCACCCCCCUCUCUCCCUGCCCUCUUCACCAUCACCCACUCCCUCCCCGACCCACUCCCUCAACCGCUCUCACCCCAGCAGCCCUGUAAUCCGCAGCAGCAGCGGCAGCCCGAGCUUCGGGGCCCCUGCUCUGCCUGCCAAGAGCCCCAGCACCCCCGCCAGCCCCUGUGCCACCUCCUCCUCCUCCUCCUCCUCCAUGGGCGAGGACUCAGGCACUCCCCCAGCUGUGCAGCCCCCAUGGUUCUCAGAUCUGGGGGGCAAGGUGGCUGUUGCGAGGAAGGUCUCCCAUGCCAAGAUGGGCCCUGACCUGCUGACCCUCCUGGAACAACGGCUGGAGGCCGAGGGCAUCGAUCUCACUGAGGAGCCCUACUCUGACAAGCAUGGCCGCUGUGGCAUCCCCAAGCCGCUGGUGCAGCGUUACUCCGAGGACUUGGAGCAGCCUGUGAAGGACGUGGCCUCCACCCUGGACCAGCUCCGAGUCAAAGAGCUCCGUAAACAACACCGCAUGGCCAUUCCUUCUGGAGGUUUGACAGAAAUGUGCCGGAAGCCUCUGCCCUCAGCUAACAUCAGCACAGUUUCUGAUUGGCUCACCUCCAUCGGCCUCCCCAUGUACGCCACACCUCUGGCGGCGGCGGGAAUCGACACGCUGAGGGGCGUGGCCUUGUUAACAGAGAGCGGUGUGUGGGAGGCGGGGGUGCGAGAUGAGAGACACGCCCGCCGCCUGGUCAGUGAGGCCCGAUUGGUCGGCGCCCACAGAGAGGGGCAGUCCUAACAUGCUGCUGCAGUCGGAUAAAAUAACAGGUAUCAACUCACUGGUCAGCAUCAUUUUUUUUUUUUUUUUAACACAUGGUCAGUGUGCGGCCAAAGAGAAAUCGGCCACAGGACUCGCAGAUCGAACGAGUGACCGCAGCAUUGCAGUACUUCCUGUCUCGCAUGUGUCAAAGACUGAAAGUUUUUUCUCAAAUGUUUACGGCACUGAGGAGAUUCUCCUGCAGCCAAGUCAAGAUAUCAGAUGCCUUUUUAAAAGAAGACUGUAGACUCACUCUGUGGGAUGGCUUCCUUUCUGAAGACACCCCCAAAGUCUUAAAAAUAAAGACUUGGAUCCGCCUUGAAGGAAGAUAGCACACUCUUUUGUAGGAUGGAUGUUUUUUAAAUACAGAAAGACGUUUUACUUCCUGCAUAUUUCAUAAGUGCUUCGUUUUCAUCUUUUGUGGCGAGGCAACGUUCUAUGACUGUCUUUUAAGGAAGUCGCUCGGCCAAAGUGAUUUACUCCUCAUUCAGCGUUUCAUUCACACUAAUGGAUUCACAAUGACAACAUUCACUUAAUAUCUGGACUUUUAUCAACUAAAUACAUACAACAAACUAUGAUGAACGGUGGUUUUGAGAUGGCUUAUUUUGAAUCAUGUUUCUGUAUUAUAGCAUAACGCAUAUCUUCAUUUUAAAAUGAUUUAUAUGUUAAACAUUUUGUUUGCCUUUUGAAUGUUACAGCCUUAUUUUGAGGCCCGCUCUCAGUCAUUUCUAAGCUGAAACCGCUGACAUCCCAGCUUUAUAUUUCAUAUUUUAUUAAAAGUCCUAUCUCACUGCAUAUCUUGGAUGCACAGCCUGCGCCCGUUUGAAUAUAAGUCUUCGAGAAAGCUCCAGUAAUCACAAUCAGCUUUCACAGAAACAAAACAUUCCCCGUGUAUCCAAGAACAUUUUAAGUUGCCUUACCAUUAUGAAUGAAAAGUUUCAUUAACCCUGUAUAGUAUGGACUAUACCACCAGGCUGAACUGCUUUAAGUUCAAGCCUUUUUGCUCUGAAUGUGUCACACUCAACCAGAUCACUUCAGCCACACAUAUGGAUGUGGAGCACAAAACAUGCCUCUGAUGGAUUGUGGUUUCAAAGAUCACAUGACAAUUAAACGACUAAACCCCAGACACGACACACGCGUCGUCCCAUGCUAAACACACAGUUGGUGUGCAUGCUCCAUGCAGAGGGUUGUGGGAGAAAAUAGAAAUGUUCCAAAGAGACGGCUGGCAUCUCGGCUGUCAUAUCUGGAAUUUAUUGGACUGUCUACUGUUUGGUUUUAGUUUUUGAUUUAUAGCUUGAUAAUAAGCUGUUUGGGACUUUAUUAUACUGUAGCUAUAGCAAACACAUUGAGGAUAGAUGUAGUUCUAUCAGGUGAAAAUCUGACCUCUAAGGCCAGCAUACACCAUGACGCUAAAUAGUUUUGUAAAUCAGGGAAACAGUGUCAGGAUAGCCUGUUACCAAAAGUUUGGGCAGAAAACAAAAACAACCAGAUGCGUAUCGCUCUUCCAUUUCACACUGCAGAAAAUGGAGCUAACAUGUGUGUGUUAUUUCUAUUAUUUCUAACAGCAGAGUUCUUUCAUACUAAGAACUGAUCUGAAGACUUCAUAUUUAAAAUUUGACCAAGUGGUAUUGCUAAAAUUAGAGGAUGUUUUUUUUGCAGUGGGCACUUGAUAGGUAGAGGUUUGAUGCCUUUUAUUUCUUCAAUCAAAAGUGGUGCUCUGAAAAAGCGUGAUUGGGGCUCAUUUUUUUAAAAGUAAGAGACUCAAGAAGUGUUUUGUAAAGAAUGAAAAUACUGACACUGUAAAUGCACUUUAGAGGGUAAAUCUAGCUGUUUUGUAGGCAGAAUUGGCUACAUUUUGUUCACAGGUCCAUUAAUGGACAAUUGUUGUCAGGUAUUUCAAAGGGUUUCAGUAGGAUAUGCUGGUAUUUUAUUUUAGUUUUGAGUUCCCAAUGCCAAGUUUGCUAACAUCCACGGGUUAACCAGUUCCAGUUACUCACUUCCAGUUUGUUUUGCAGUCUUGUAAAAAUAAAUGAUUAAUUACAUAUAUGAAAUGCUUAGCAAAACCUGCACAUUCUGUAUAUGUAAUUGAUAUUUAUAUAACUUAUUUUUGCCUCUUUUUUUUUUCAUAUUGACUGUAAUUAGCUGUACUAUAUGAAUAGCAAUACCUUCCUGCAAAAUGCAUAUUGCUUUAGCCAGUGAGGAACUACAGUAUGUAUUGUAAAAUAUGUGUACAAAUUAUUUUAUUUGGUUUUCAUCUACCUAAUGAUUGUCCAUACAGAUUUGCUUGUGUAUUGAAAGAACAAAAGUAAUGUCCAUAACUAUUUGUCAUUCUGAAAUAUAAUAAAAAACUGUUUCUUGCCAUA